UUCCAAAGACCCACACCAAAAAUGCCAAAGCGGUGCGCUGAGAAUGUGGCAGGUUGAUGACGGACAGCACUGAAGUCUUUCCUGCGAGACGAGGUCGUACAGUUCUAGCCGUGCAGGAAGAAGAGCUUGAUGCGGUCAUCGCGAAGGCUGAAGAAGAGGUCACUCAAGACUUUGAUCCGCAGGAUUAUGUGAGGCCUGGCAUCACUGAGGCGGAGGUCCGUGAGAUGAAAGCGGCCUUUGAUCUCCUUGAUGCUGAUGGCCGAGGAAGGAUUCAUUUGGAGGACAUCAUCGACAGUCUGGAAAACCUCGGCUGGGACAGGCUUGAGCAGGAGCCCUUGAUGGUGGCGGUUCGUGCUUGCCGCCGGAAAGGUCACAAGAUGGACUUUGCAGGCUUCAUGGACGCCAUCGCACCGCUGUUGACAGCUGCCGAGCCGACCCAGGAAAGUGUGAGAAGAGCCUGGCGCUUGUUGGAUGAGAACCGUAAGGGCCACCUGGACAUAGAGGAUCUGAGCCGAGCUGUGCAUAAUUUCGGCCUGGAACUAUCCGUGGAGGAGCUCCGAGACAUGGUCGCGUAUUGUGAUGGCAACGGCAGUGGCGAGAUCACCUUCGAUGAGUUCUACCAGAUGCUGUCCCGCAACCAAUGACAGCGCCCUCCUUCAACAUGGAGGAUUGCGUAGCGGAAAAUGAACAGCCCCUUCACCAGCGUCUUUCGGACUGUUGACUGUUGACAUGCAGCAUGUCCCGCGUCAGAGUUUAAACACCACAGGAGAGACUCUGCAGCCAUCUCCGUCCGAGUAGCUUUCGAUGCC